AGGUAAUCUCGACGCGAACAUGAGCGCGAUGUCGGAACUUUGGGUUUCAUAAUUCAGUACCAGAGUGCCCUGUUCUUGGUCGGCCGAAAGCGCAUUUCGAGCUCGCUCGGCAAGAUGAUGAAUGAUUAAAGUGUUGUCUCUGUCGCGUUUUUGCCCUCAAUUAAGUUUCAUUCAAUUUUUACACGACGUUCGUCACGUCGCGCGUGAUUUUUCUUUUAACGUCAACGCGCUUGCAACAACGACUCAAUUAUCCUUAUUUUGUUUUAUUCAUGAAAAGGACCGCACUACAGUGCUAAAGUGGAUUGCUACGAAGAGUAAUACGGAAUUCUUUUCGGGCUCUUCGGACGGUCGUGCCAUGUGGUGGGAUACGAGAAAGUUACGAGGGCCAACUGAAGUUCUCGUGUUCGAUCUUCAGAUGCCAAACGAGCCGGAAAUGGAUCGGGCGAUUGGAGUCGCAUCGGCCGAUUACGAACCCAGUGUAAGCACGAAGUUUAUGUUCGGUCUGGAGAAUGGCAUCGUGAUCAGUGGUUCGAGAAAGGCGAAAACACCGGCCGAGAAAAUGGCCUUGAGAUUCAACGCUCAUUACGGCCCAGUUCUUUCCGUCGAUCGUAGUGGCUUCAAUCCAAAGAUCUUCCUCACUAUCGGUGAUUGCACAGGUCGUAUCUGGGCGGAAGAUACUAAGGAUAGUUAUCUUGUAUCAACCAGAUUUAUAAUAAAGGAUCCUGUCUAUGGUUGCUGGAACAAAACAAGACAUUCGAUAUUUUACAUAGUAACACGUAUGGGUGUGUUGACUAUAUGGGACAUUCUGACAGGUCUGCAAGAACCAAUCUUAUCAGUGAAACUAUGUGAGCAAAAAUUAACUACGGUGACGUCACACGAGAUGGGGUCUCUACUAGCUAUUGGAAAUUCCGCCGGUAAUGUUUAUCUUGUCGAAUUAACGGAGGCAUUAUAUUCGUUUGAUAAAAAUGAUAGAAGCGAUCUCACAUCGUACUUCGAGAAGUGUUCUCGUUAUGUAAAAGCAAUAGAUACGCGGAUAAAAGAAAUAAAAUUGGCGAGAACUAUUAUAGAAGAACCGUUAGAGCUCACAUUGGUGGAUACAAGAAAGAAAGAUAAACGACUAAUAAACGAUAAGCGAAAAAUUGAAAAAGAAAAGAAAGAACGAGAAAGAAGUAGAAUAUCCAAAAAAAAGGUUAAAGAUGAAUUUCCUGAACUUCAAGAAAUAGAAGAAAAAUUCUUCGAGAUUGUAAAAAAGGAAAAACAGAAAUAUGAAGAGAUUGAAGACUUAGAUAUUUCACCUUUAAAAAUCAGCCGUGUCGUAAAGAAAAUCAGUCGAAAAAUUGAAAAAGAUUUACCGAUAGACGAAGCAACAGGCCUCGAGACAACACCAUUAAAAAAAAUAAUCAAAGAAGAACGAGAGAAAUAUCCAAAGAAAAGCGAGAUCGUAGAUAUUUCCAAGACGGAAAUAGCGCAAGACGUUGAACGGAAGGAGGCAACGAUGGAAGAGCCCUUGCCUUUGUUGGCGGAAGAGCCCUUGCCUUCGUUGGUGAAAGCGAUCGUAGAAUCUCCCCUGAAGGAAAUUAGCAAGAGAAAACGCAGAAAGAAGAUACGGAAGAAACGACCGAGGCCCGUCAUUUUCAGGUUGUCGAGACCAUGCAAAGUUGUUGUCUGCAAGCCUCAUAUUUGCUGCCGCAGGACUAUGCCUAGAAAAUUAAUUAGUUCUACAGAUCGAAUAGUCAAAGAUCGCGAGAAAUGGGGCGAGGUCGAGAGAAUGAAAUUGAAGGAUAGUAUCAGAGCAAGGUCGCCAAUCAGAAGCAAGGACAGAAUGAGACGGAAAAAAAGAAAAUGCUGGACGAAGCUCCUGCGCGUUCAUAAGCGCAGAGAGUUAACUAGAAAGUACAGAGAAGAAAAAAUUUGUUUCCUCCAGGAGAUGACACCUGAGGAACUCGCCAACAUGAUAGAAGAUGUGAAAAGAGCUAAAAGCGAAAUUCAAGAAGCUAACAUAGAAAGGACAAAAGCAAGAAAACUCGCAAAGAGAUCUUUGAAAUGCAGUGCUAUAGUUACGGAAAAAUCUCGAGACCUAAGAAAACCAGGAAAGGACAAAGAGGGUCUUAAAAGGGCCAAAAAGGUCACAGGCACAACGAAAAGGAUCUUUACGGUACAGAAAAGGAGGAAAAUACGCCAUACAGUCAUUAUGACAGAUCCUUGCGUUCCUUGGAAACCACCCUCACUCGAGAAAGAUCUGCAGAUACUUUCCGGAGGUCUUCCACUAAAAUCGAAAAAAAUUGAAAAAGAGGCAAGACCCAGCAUGAUUUACACGAACGAACUCGAAGCUCGUGUUAGAAUUUAUCCACGGAUUUCCGAUUUCCAAAUCAUCGAAUAAUAUUGCAUUAUCCGAAGCGUUUCUAGCCUUCUUCAUAUCAAUACUACGAUGUUGUCUCCGAGGAUUUUUCUUUCUUUAAUGUGAGGAAUAUUAAUAUCUGUCAUAAG